AUGAACAAUAUAAAGGUAUACGGAUGCAAAAACGUGACGAAUGUGUUUGCAAAAAAUAAAGAAAUUAAUGAAUAUAUAAAUGUUUUACAAUAUGUGGACGCCUCAAAUGAAGGAGCUAGCCAUUUUCACGUCUUCAUUUUUGACCACUUUGACAAUGUCGCGAGGGAAGGAGUACCCAAUGAUGAGAAGGUUCCUCCCGGUGGAGGACAUACUCCCUUGUUGAAUAGCCAACAUUUGGGAGAGUGGGGAGAGGCCACAACCCCCCAGGGAGGCCCAUUUGCACACAAAAAGGUGGGCGAAGAAAAAAAUGCGCUCACUUCCCCAGUGGGUGAAGAACAAACGGGGGGUGGCGAGGUGUUCCUUUUUUACAAUGUCCAGUUUGACCCCGAAUUGGUAAGAAGCGCGUUAGGGGUGGAAAUAUAUGAGCGAGCAGGGUGUGCCAACAGUGUGGAAGAUUCCAAGGAGAAGCUGAUACUAUGCAGACGGUCUAGCGAUGAAGAUGUAGAAAGGGGAAUCGAAGCGGAGAAGGUGAUUGCAUCCUCUUAUUAUGACAAUGGAAAGAACUCCAAGUUGAAACACAUUUUGGAAGCUUUGGGUGUGGAAAGCUUCAACUCCUUCUCGGGGACUCUCCUAAAACUUCCCUUCCCUUCGCAAGUGUGUAUGCGCCAAAUUUGCGAGCAGUUAAUAAAAGUCACAACCGAAUUUAUGCUCCUCUCGCGGAAGGUAGAAACGUUUGAUGUUCAGAUGAAUGGUCAUUCGGUGUGCACCUGGGAGAGGAGCGACAAGAGUAUUUCUAUAUCCCAUUUGGAAGGUGAAACGCACUCAGUGAAUAAUGUCCCCUACGUCACUGUGCGUUGUAAGAACAAAGAAGUAAUCACCGAGUAUGUUCUCCAUGCGAAUGGGGUAAAGGGCAACAUCCAAGGGGAAGAAAUAUACUUUAUGCAUGUAAGGGGCCAAAUGGGAGAAGGAUCAAAAAAUGGUAGCGAAAUGGAUGCGUUCCAAAGGGGGGGAGGUGUUAAUUGGCCGAGCUACAUACACACCGUGCAGGGUGUCAACCCAAUGCUUAUAAAAUCGAAGAGCAAAAGGAAAAUCCAAAUGGAGGAUAUAGCAAAAGGGUGGGGAGCAACUGCCAUUUGUGAACUUUACGUGGAGUUUUUGCUACUCCUCCGUGAGCUAAACCUAUCCUGCAGUGCGUAUAAUUUUUCGUUUCAUUUUCCAGUCACGUUAGAGGCAAACCCUUUGGAGGUCAACCCCUUUUGCGGCCUGUACAGACAACUGUUUGAAGAAGAGAAAAAAUUAAAACUUUUUUUUAAUGGACAUCUCUGGAUGGGAUUCUCAGAAUGUGUAUUCGUUCCGCACGACUUGAAAAAUAUUUUUGAGAAUUGCCUCUCUGACAUUGUAAAACAUUCCGGUGUGAAGAAUUUGCUCUUUUUUGACGACCGGGUGAAGAAUGCCCUGUUCAGCUAUUUGAAUACCCUAUGUGAGGAAAAAAAAAACGUACUGGCUGCCAAAAUUUGUAAGCGGAAUUUGCAGUAUAUAGAAAAUGUCCCUGAAAAAUUCAGACGAGCGGAUAAGCACAACACAGAUGACGAAGUGGUGAAGAGAACUUAUCAAAAUAGGACGAAUAAAUUUCUCUGCGAAGUAGUCAUAAAUAAUUCUGCCUAUGUGGAGUUCCAAAAUUGGGUCCCCGUUUUGUCCCAUCUGCUGGAGGUGGGGGAACCCUCCGUAUUGGCGUGUCUGAAAAGUUUGCCUUGUUUCCCAAAUGAAGAAAAAGAGUGCAAGCGGAUAAGCGAAUUGGUGUACCCCCUGGACGGCAAAGAGUUCUACGGGAUGGAUAAUCACAAUUGUGGUGAAAAUGGGGUAGCACCGAACAUGGGAAGAAGCAACAGUGAUGAAAGGUGGGGUGCCACGGGGGGGGAGAAUCGCUCUCAUGGAGACUCCCAUGUGAAGGGCGAUCCCCACAUGAAGAGUGACACACAGCAGACGAAAAGCCCAAACUGCAUCGGGAGGGAAAACCUGUUAAGCCUCCACUUGGUGAAGCAAGCCAAGGAGGAGGGGGUCGAAAAGAUGAAGCUGUUGGGCCUGACCAUCCUCGAAGAGCAGUACAAACUGAAUGACAACAUAAACGAUAUUUUUCUCGAUUUGGAAAAACUAUAUCGCAGCAAAAAUGUAUACGAGAGUAAAUUAAAAGUUCUGAACAAAAUAAUCUUACAGUUAGAAAAAAAUAUACACCAUUUGGAAGACCCCUUAGUGCUGCAAAAGUGUAGGGAGCGUUUUUUCCUGCCACUGUACCGGAGCAAGCACUUUAGUUAUGCCGUCUCCCCCACGGGGGACACUUCGGUAGAAGGCGGAGGUGUGCUAAGUAAAAAGGCCGUCGUUAGAGGGGCACCCAAUGGGGAUCUUCCAAAAAGGGGGGUCGCCAAGACCGAGGUCACCUCGAGGAAUGCCAGUAGUGCCGCCCAUAGCAGUCGUGCCGCCCAUUCCAAUCGCACCAUCAGUGGUGGCCCGCUAAGGGAGACUAACAACAACCCGCCGAGAAAUAGCUCUAACAGCGCGGACCCCCGUGGAAAAGGCCAAAACGACCACGGAAAGGAUCAGAAAGACAAGGACUUUGUCAAAAUAUGUGAUGCGUACGAUAAGGUACAUUUCAACCUCAUUUUUUUAAAGAGCAAAUGUUACCAUUUGGAGAAGCUGACUGUGUCUCCCGAAUUGGGGAAGCUGCUCGGGUUGGAGAGGAGUCCUCCGCUGGCCGAGGUUCUGGGGCACCUGGAAUUGCUCUGCAGGAGCUCCAAGAGUGCUUGCUUCCAGAGCGCGUCCAAGGUGUACGAUGAUAUAUAUGACCAUUUGGAGAGAUGCAUUCUUCGGCACAAGUCGCGGGAAAGGUUAGCCGUCUCCGGAAGUUCCGCACCCGGUUACGCACCUGAUGACGCACCUGAUGACGCAGCGGGUGACGCAGCGGGGGGUGUGGGGGACUCCUCCCCACAAGGAGAAACUCGCGUGCUGGCCGACUUUGUCCAGAGACAUAAGUUCAUUUACAUAAAGAACAAACUGUGGAGCGCCAAGGACGUGUUCUCGACGAAGAACACCCUCCCAUUCAACCUCUUCCUGUGCGAACUCCCCAAACUAUACAAAAUGAAGUACCCCAAUUUGGUCGAACUGAGUUGCGUGCAGGGACGGCUGAAGCAUUCCAAGCUGGUUAGCAUCCUGGAAAAAAUCGUCACCAAACUGAGGAGCAAAAGGGUUCCCCCAGAUGAGAAAGACAUCCACCAGAAGGAGAAAAGAAAUCAAGUUGAAGGAGAAAAGGAACAAAAUAUGAUGUACCUAUCAGGACUUCUUAAAAUUUCAUACAUCAACACGGUGAACAUAAUUGAUGUGUCCGUUUGCGAUUGGGUACCCGUGUGUGCUGAGGGAGAAAAGGAAAACUCACAGACGGGGGAGAAUGAAAAGGGUCCCAUUUUGGAAAAAUCGAACCAAGUGGAUAAGAAGACAAAGACUCAGCUGAAAUGCCCCUGCUUCGAUGGCAUCUACCUUCCAAAUAGUAAAUACCUUUUGGUGAAGAAGGAGAAGCUAACCUAUGUGGCUACCCCCCUACUGUAUAAUAACAACGCACACAAAGGUGACGUCGUGCAUAGGGACGUCAAGGAGAGCGUCAUCGAUUUGUUGAAUGUUCCCAAAAGGGGGGAAAAAGAAGGCGUCGAUUUGAAGAGAGCAACGGAGAAAAGUUACAAAAGGGGGUCCAACCAAGGGGAUUUGAAGAGUGUGAUAAAAGGGCCCAUAAAAAGUCCCCCACUGGGGGGAAGCAAAACAGUGAAGAGCACCACACAGGUGAGCACCCUACACGUGAGCACCAUUAGCAGGGCUAGAAAAACCCAAGUGGGGAAAAAUCCACAAACUGGUGCAACCAACCAGCAGGAGAGUAAAAAAAAAAUGACGUCCUACCUAAUCGAACAGAAGAAAAAGGAACAGCUGAGGAGAGAAAUAAAAAAAGAAAAAGCACCCACUGUUAAGAGAGAGCCAAAAGUGAUACCUCCCCAAAAUGGGACCAAAAAGAAGAGAGAGCUCCAAAAGGGGAAUGAACUCAAUGAUAAUAUCCUAUUUAGGGAAAUAAAAAAUUUGAUCUACUUUCUAGACGACAUAGGAUGCUUGGACAUAAAAUUAAUUGCCGAUAAGAGAAGUUUCAGCUCGGACACCCUUCCCAAAGUGUUCCUCAAAAGGGCUUGCUUCUGCCUCUACAUAAAGGUCAAGAAGGAACAGUAUGAAAAUCUCCUAAUCUCAAAUGAGGAACUAAGUGCCUAUGCCGAUGCUCACAAUGUAGAGCGUAACAGGGAAUACCUCAAUGCAGAUACGAACAAUUUGGAGUCCUUAAAAUCGUGCAGCGAUUUGAUUUGCUCCUACCUGUUUGAGAACCUUUCUGGAGUGCUGGAUUAUUUGCUAAUUCGAAAUGGGGGCUGCAUCUCCGAGUGGUGUUCACGGUGCGGCGAUGAGAUGGCGAAUAGUGGGCGCCCCGAGGAGGGGGCCAAUAAGGGGUGCAGCGAGGAACAGAGUUGGGCAGCCCCGGUUGGCGGUUCACCAGAUGGCGGUUCUCCAGUUGACGGUUCACCAGAUGGCGGUUCUCCAGUUGACGGUUCUCCAGUUGACGGUUCUCCAGUUGGCGGUUCUCCAGUUGGCGGUUCUCCAAAGGGGGAAUCCCCGAAUGGGAGCAAAUCGCCAGUUCGUGGGGAUCACGCAACUUCCCCUCACAACGACGGUGACAACUUUGGGAGAGGAACAACUCGCGUUCCCCCAACUGUAGACGCCCCACCGCAGAGCCCCAAAAGGGUGCUAUGCAAAAAAAACCACAUUCUCAGCAAAAAGGACGAAGAACUAGCCAAAAAUAUAUUCCUUUACAACUACUUUCGACUCGAUGAAAAGAACAAAUGGGAGGAAAAUGGCUACCUGCGCAAGCAGUCCAAAGUGGGGAGUGCAAGCAGAAGAAAGGAGGUGCCCCUUCGGGGGGAGAAAAAAUAUUAUGCGCGACAGACAACCGAAAUGGGAAGCGGGGAAUACCCACUGGGAGCAAUAUCCAUCAGUGACGUGGAACAUGAUUCGAUGGAGCUCACAGAAAUGAAGAGAAAAUACUCAAACGUGGGGGAAAACCAAAUCAUAUGCAUUCGCCUGUACAAUAAGCAAAAGCUGUCAAUAUUGAAGAUGAUUGAAAGGGUCUUUUUGGAGUGCAAAAAAUAUAGUGAAAAGUUUUUCUUCUUUUCAAAAAAUCUUCUAAAAUUAGAUAUUAUAAAGAUAAAUGAAAAAGGGGGGCGAGCUGAAAAUGCCACAAGUCUAGGGAUCUGCAUGUCUGACUAUCACUUCCAUUUGAGGGAAAAAUUUUACGACGCUGUGAAGAAGAAGCAAUUACACAGUUGGGGGAAGCAGAAAGGGGAACAGUUAUCCUCAGACGAAACGAAUUGCAACAAUUUGGAAAUAUUUCUUCAGUGCCAAAUAUACAAUGGGAGUAAAUCGAGCAGGUGGAUCAUCGGGUUGUUGCACGACGUCAGAAUAGCCAUCUGUUUCGAGCACUACCAGAUCUUCCGCAAGCAUUUCCUUUUCCAAAAUUUUCACAUCGUUUCAAAUGUAGACAAUUUGCCUAUGCAUAUAUGCUGCGACUUAUUUGAGAGUAAUGCCUGCAGUUUGAAAAAGCUCAAAAAUGGGGAGAACCUGCAGGGGGUGCUCAGGAAGAUCUCCAUUUUGUAUGAACACUUUUUGAGGCUGGCUCACAGGAAUGCAGUGAAGAAAUUGCUGAAGCAGGAUUCGAAUAAAGUGCUGUACAAGUGUAAGGGGAAGUGGGUUAAAAGGAAGUUGGCGGAGAGGCACGUCUCCAGCGGGGUGGGCUCAACUGGCCCGGUUAGCCAAGUUAGCGGCAUGGGUGUACUUGGCAGCCUUGGCAGCGCCGACGUGAGCAGCAUGACCAACAUGAUUAGCAUGACGAGUGCGGCCAGCGUGCACGCCAUGCGCGGAGUGCGCAGCGGGAAGGUGAGCAACGUGGGCAAUAUGAGCAGUGUGAGCAACGUGGGCAAUAUGAGCAGUGUGAGCAACGUGGGCAAUAUGAGCAGUGUGAGCAAUGUGAGAAGUAUGACCAGCAUGGCCAGCAUGACGAGCGCCUGCCGGGCGGACCACCCGAACGGUGAAAAAUCGCUCAACACGUCUAGGGAGGGCAAGGACGACCUAACCCUAGACUACAUAUACAAAGUAGACAAAAGGGACAUCAAACAUUUUAGCGAAAUAUACCAAAUUUUUAAAACCAAGUAUCUCAAUUUUAUUCCCAAAAAAUAUGACCAAAAUGACUUUUUCUGUUCUGUUGUAAAACAUGCUUUUUCUAAUUGCUCAGAACUUCAAAUUUUGCCUUGCUUAAAGAAGAAGGAGAAAAUUUACGCUCUAUACUGGUCCAGCAUGAAUGGCUGCGUUAAUGUCUACCCCUUCUGCAAGUACUUGAACCAGAUCACCUUCUUCCUCCUCGAUUUGGGCCUCACCGUUUUGCUGCCCUACUACGAAAUUGACAACAUUGUGCAUAUGCACAAAAUGGUUAGCAGCAUGGGGGAGGCCGGUGCGCACAUAGGUUCGGAGGUAAAGCCGAUCACCGGCGGAUGUGGUGGCGAGGAUCUUUCCGCGUACAUGAAGGGAAAUCAGGGGGAAGAGAAUGCCCUCAAAAGAGGGACUCAUGACGAGGUCAUACCAGAACAAGUCCUCAAUCUAACACCAGGUUACCUUAGAAAUAGAAUCAAAAAGUAUAUUUCCGUUUACCUCACCUUUGUGAAGGAAUGUCUAAGUGAGAGGAACUUUUCCACGGUGAUAUACUUUUUGGAUUAUAUUUUCUCCGAUUUUAAGAAGCAUGAGUUGUAUGACACCAUGGUGAAGGACCUAAAGUGCAUACCGCUGUUGGUCAUCCUGAAUUAUGGCACGUCCUAUUUGAAGAUGAAGUUGGAGGGGGUAUUGCCUUCUGGGGAGGGGCUACCUAGUGGGGGAUCCCCCAUCACUGCCGGAAGGGAGAAAUUAACGGGGGAGAGGGAAGGAAACUCCUGUGGAAGCAACGAAGAGGAGACACUCAAAACCAAGUGCGAUGAGGGAGACAUGGACGGAUGCUAUUCCCACGAUGGAAAUGUUGGCAUGGUUGGAGACGAUCACAAUGAUGAUGCAAAAACGUUGGAGUGCGGCGAAAGCGCUGGGUGCUCCCUCCCCAAGCAGGAUGACCACUGGAAGGGGGAAGCAAAUCGCGUCGUCCCCAUAUGCACAGAUAACCUGCUCAAAAUGAAGAACGGCAACUUCGAAACGGAGGAGUUUUUCAAUUAUGAUUUCAUUCAACUGAUUAAGUAUAACGAAAAUGGCAAACUGUACACAUCUAAAUAUUUCUACCUGUUUGACCUAGACAGGGUGAUGUUCAUAAACGUCCAUUUUUAUUCCUCGUCGAUUUUGUCUCUCCUACUGGAGACCCAAAUUGUGGCCAACUUGAAUUUUAGCAAUCUGUCGCAGGUACUGAGGCAUAAUUUGUACCCCUCCAUUUUUCACCCGUGCGCUCCGCUCGAUCGAAACGAUGACACUGGUGAUGGACUUGAUAGUGACCAGGGUGGUGCUUCGAUUCUCUUCCGCGGGGUGGGGGAGCCAACCCACCCACGUCAGCAUACGCAGUGCCAUCUCGGAGGAGAAGAAAACCAGCGCGCUGAGAACGCUCGCCUGUACAACUGCAUACAAAUCGCCUACGACGCAAACGUCAUCAUUUACAGUAGAAUGCUCCUCGACAUGAUAAGCGAGUUGUGCAGUGGGCAGCCGUACAAGAGCGUCCUGCGCACGUUGAGCAACUUCCGCUUGCUUAUCACCUUUGGGGGGGCGGCGCAGAAUGGAGAGGAGUCGCAAAACACAGAGAAGACGCAAAGCACAGAGAAGUACACCGAGGGGAUGACGCACAUGUAUGUGCACAGCUGGAACGACAUAAAAAACAUCCUCAGCUUUCACUUCGGAGACGCCCGCAUGGAGGCUACUCUACAUUUACUGGGCUACAAAAAAAUGCACCCCACCAUGGCAGACGGUUCCAUCUUUACGCAGUACUUAAUAAAUGACUAUGAAGAUGCCAUGCUGUCCUUAUACCUAAAUGGGGACCAUCUAAACUGGUCAGCACUCAACAUGGAGGAUAUGCAUUUCCUCCUGCUUACUUUUCUCUCGACCAUCAAAUUUAAUAGUAAUAAUAUUUUUUAUUUUAAAGCUCUUCCCAUUUUUUACUCUAUAAAUUGUUUUGAAUACAUCAGUUUGGCCAACAAGAAUAGGAGGUACAUCGUGGUGUGUACGAACCAUCUGCAGUUGUUCUCGUGUGUGCUGUCGCAGCUGCGUAUGGGUAGUAGCGCCAGCGAGGGGGGCACUGACAUGGGUGUGAGGCUCGAGGGGCCACACGAUAGUGGCAAACGCGGCGGGAGUGACGGGAGUAGCAUCCGUGGCGCAAGCGGAGUAACAACUACAGAUUCGCGGGAAGGUAAUAAAGAAGAAGGGCACGCUGCUGAAUGUGCUGCUGAUCAAGUGGACGCCCUUUUGGAGGCCUCACCCCUGAAGAGAAGCACAAGCGGGGACCACUUCGUGACAACGCGCAACGACGAAAUGAACACUCCGAUGAAGUACUCCUUCCUGCACCACUCCAACGUUGGGGUAAACUAUUGGAAGCACAUCAACAUCGAGUGCUGGUGCGGAUAUGACAUCAUCGCUAAUUUUUUAUUACAAGUGGUACGAGAUUGCACUGAUGAGAAUCUAUUUCACAACAUUGUGCUUUUUAUCUACAAGGAGUAUGAAGAUAUGCUGGAGAGAAAAAACGACCAAACAAAAGUUAGGAGGGAAAAAUAUGCUGCCAACUUCCAUAACGUGUGUGAGGUGAAUGAGGUGGACGGUUUGGAGAAUCGCUACGGGGAAUUCCUGAUGAACAUUUUUGGAGGGAUGAAAGAAGUGCGAUUGAAAUUUAGGGGACAUGUGCAAAUUGCUCAGCUUUACAACGCUAAUAGUGACUUGUUUAGGGCGUUUAUAAAUGGCAACAAAUUGUUUCACUUUGUUCAUUUGACUAAUUUGAAAUAUGAAAAGGAGUUUCUGGAGAAGUUAAAUUUUCAUGUGAACCCUAGCAUGCCUGAGUUAAAUAAUUUUCUUUACAUUUUAAUUAAUGUUGUAAAGAGAACAGCUAGCGAAGACGCUCCGGAUGUCGUCCCCAUUGAGGCCAUUUUUCACGACAUCUGCGUAGAUAAUAGCAGGUACGACACAAAAUUUGAUGAAAAAAAUUUGCAUAACAAAAUGCACUCCUUGCUGCAGUACGCUGAGGACAACUUCGAGAUGCUGCUUAAAAAGAGGGACGAGAAUUUUGCCUAUUUAAUGGGAUCCCUAAUGGAGCUUUUGCUGAAUAGCAAGUGGUUUGCGUCCAUGGGAGGGGCGUACAAAACGCUGGAAGGUUAUUUCGUGCAGAAGGGCAAAGUGAGAAUGGGGUAUUCGAUAGAGGGGACCGGCGACCGGGGGAAAGGCGCCACAGGGGGGGGACACGAUGGAGAGACGCACAAGAAGGAGGAGGGAGCGGAAGCAGAGGUGGGACAAGCUGCUGGACCAACCGCUAACCCAACGGUGGAAGAACAAAAUUGUGCCGUGGCGAACCAGUGCACUGCCGAGCCCAAUGAGCAGGAGGAGGAACUUCCCAAACGCAGUAACGAAAGGGAGACGGGCGAAGAGGCGGGAACCCCCCCCAUUCAUGUACCAAAAGGGAGAGCCCAACUUAAUAAGAGCAAAACAUUAUGA